AUGACCGAGAAACAGGGCGAAAGCUCACAGCUUGCUAACUGUGAUCAUAUCCCUAUUAUCGAUCUUUCCACUCUAGACAGUCCACAUCUUGAAGAAAGGCAGCAGCUGGCUCAAUCGAUCUAUGACGUGUGCACACAAGUUGGGUUCUUUUAUAUCAUAAACCAUGGUAUUCCAGAUGAGAUGGUCAAAGAAAUUCACAAUGCCGCAGAACGCUUCUUCGGUCUGCCCGAGGAACAGAAAAUGACAUUUUAUAUCGGAAACUCACCGAAAUUCCGCGGGUACAGCCCUCUAGGAUCCGAGAAAUCCACAGGAACAGACGAUGAUCCUAUCGCGCCAGAAGAUGCAGUUAGCGCUCUCUCCGAAGCGUUUGAUAUUGGAUAUGAGACUGCAAUGGAUAACCAAAAGUCGAAGACUGACCCUCUUCCUCGUGAUCCCUAUCAAUUGUACGGAGACAAUCAAUGGCCUGACCAGGAUACGCUGCCAGGAUUCUCACGGACCUACAUUGAGUAUUGCUCCUUGGUCCUCGGACUCUGUCGAAAGAUGAUGAGAAUAUUUGCUCUUGCUCUCGAUUUGCCUGAGGGGCACUUCGACUCGAUGGUUCAAGAUCCAGGUGUGACGUCCAGGAUGAUGCAUUAUCCGCCUCAACCCGUGAAAGAAGAAGUUCGUGAGGGACUUGGAGCUCACACAGACUAUGAAUGCUUCACUAUCCUUUCUCAGGGUAGCGUGCCCGGUCUACAGGUACUCAACCACAGCGGGGAAUGGAUACUUGCGCCUCCAUUGCCGGGCACAUUGGUUGUUAACAUAGCGGAUUGCUUAUCAAUAUGGACAAACAAAAAGUUCAAAUCAACUAUACACCGGGUUACAAACUUGACGGGACAGGAGCGGUAUUCGAUUCCGUUCUUCUUUGGCGUCGAUUAUGAUGCAACAAUCUCCGUUUUACCAAAUCAUAUCACGAAUGAGAGACCUGCAUGUACAGAGCCUUUCAAAGCAGGCGAGUGGGUUCGCGAAAAACUAUCAAAGGCAUAUGUGGGCUAUGAGGGCUAA